CAUGUUAAUUCGUGUGUCCAGUGGAACGCAGUUUUUUUUGUAGGCCAGUGCUGUUGACGGUGUUCUCGUCACGUACAGAUGAUAAUUCGCAUGCUCGGCAGUAGGCCUAGUUCACUGUGACUUCUUUUCCAACUGGAGGUGUUAUGCCACACGAUUGGAGUUUCCAGGUCCCUGCUCAUCCGUGGCAUCUCAAUGAAAAGUCUUCCAAAGUUCAUAUUUACGCCACUUGGUCCAAGUUGCGUAAACGCCACAGCAAAGUCAACCUCCACCUGCUGGUUGACAACAGCGUGCUGAAAUGUUUCUUCGACAAAGGAGGGAAGAAACUCCUAAAGCCUCGAGGGCAUGUGGAGAAAUGUAUGAGCUCCAUGCAGACAGGCACCCAGAUGGUGAAGCUCCGCGGUGGCUCCAAGGGCCUGGUACGCUACUUCUUCCUGGACGAGCACAAGUCCUGCAUCCGCUGGAGGCCCUCGCGUAAAAAUGAAAAGGCCAAGAUCUCCAUCGAUUCCAUCCGGGAGGUGUGUGAGGGCAAGCAGUCUGAGAUUUUUCAGCGUUAUUCUGAGGGCAGCUUUGACCCCAACUGCUGCUUCAGCAUCUACUAUGGUGAGCACAUGGAGUCCCUGGAUCUGGUGUCAGGGACCGGCGAGGAGGCGAGAACCUGGAUCACCGGCCUCAAGUACCUGAUGGCCGGCAUCAGCGAUGAGGACAGCCUGGCCAAGAGACAGCGCACCCGUGAUCAGUGGCUCAAACAGACAUUCACGGAAGCUGAUAAGAACGGCGACGGCAGCCUGAGCAUCAACGAGGUCCUGCAACUCCUGCACAAGCUCAACGUCAACCUGCCCCGGCAGAAGGUCAAACAGAUGUUUAAGGAGGCGGACACAGAUGAGAAUCAGGGGACUUUGGGCUUCGAGGAGUUCUGCUCCUUCUACAAGAUGAUGUCGACCCGCAGGGACCUGUACCUACUCAUGCUGACCUAUAGCAACCACAAAGACCACCUGGAUACGGACGACCUGGCCCGCUUCCUGGAGACAGAGCAGAAGAUGACCAAGGUGACCAAGGACCAUUGUCUGGAGAUUAUCAACAAAUUCGAGCCAUGCUCUGAGAACCAGAAGCAUGGGGUUCUGGGUAUUGAUGGUUUUACCAACUACAUGCGCAGCCCAGCAGGGGACAUUUUCAACCCAGAGCACUACGAAGUCCAUCAGGACAUGAGCCAGCCACUGUGCAACUACUUCAUUGCUUCCUCCCAUAACACUUAUCUGAUGGGCGACCAGCUCAUGUCACAGUCCAGGGUGGACAUGUACGCCUGGGUGCUGCAGGCUGGCUGCCGUUGUGUGGAAGUGGACUGCUGGGACGGGCAGGACGGUGAGCCCAUUGUCCAUCAUGGCUACACCCUCACCUCCAAGAUCCUCUUCAAAGAUGUCAUUGAGACCAUCAACAAGUAUGCCUUCGUCAAAAAUGACUUCCCAGUCAUCCUGUCCAUAGAGAACCACUGCAGUGUUCCUCAGCAAAAGAAGAUGGCCCAAUACCUGGUAGAGAUCCUGGGGGACAAGUUGGACCUGUCCAAUAUAAAGGCCCAUGAGUCUGACCGCCUGCCGUCACCACAAACUCUUAAGGGCAGGAUCCUCGUCAAGGGUAAGAAACUGCCUCCCAACAUUGACGAGAACGCAGAGGAGGGAGAUGUGUCAGAUGAGGACAGCGCAGAUGAAAUGGAGGAUGACUGCAAGCUGAUGAAUGGAGAUACCUCAGCCAACAGAAAGCAGGUGGAAAGUAUGGCCAAGAAAAAGCUGGAUAACCUGAUGAAGGAGUCCAAGAUCCGAGACAGAGAGGACCCAGACAGCUUUACUAUUGCUGCCCUGCCCCCUGCUGGGAAGCCCUCAGACAAGGCUGGCCUGAAAUGCAAAGGUGAUGAUGGGACGGACACAGCAGAUGAGGCAAACCCCAGCAGCAACAAACGCUCAAGCCGUUCCUUCAUGGGUAGCUUCUCCAAGCGCAAGAAAAAGACAACCAAGCUGAAGAAGACAUCCAGCUUUGAAGACACGGAUACAGACCAAGAGAGCACCAGUAGUGCCUCCCGUGCCCCCUUACACCACAGCAAGAAGAAGAAAACUAUGAAGCUGUCCAGGGCUCUGUCUGACCUGGUCAAAUAUACCUGCUCUGUGGGACUCCAUGAUAUCGAGGCACAAGCAAAUUGCAGCUGGCAGGUGUCGUCACUGAGUGAGACCAAGGCCCACCAGAUCAUGCAGCAGAAAACCGCCGCCUUCAUCCACUUCAACCAGCGACAGCUCUCUCGGAUCUACCCCUCCUCUUAUCGCGUGGACUCUUCCAACUUUAAUCCGCAGCCCUUCUGGACUACAGGAUGCCAGCUCGUUGCAUUGAACUACCAAUCAGAAGGCCGCGUCCUCCAGCUGAACAGGGCCAAGUUCUACAGCAACGGCAACUGUGGCUACGUUCUCAAACCUGCCUGCAUGUGUGACGGUGUGUUUAACCCCAACCUGGAGGACCCUCUGCCAGGGCAGAUGAAGAAGCAAUUGGUCUUGAAGAUCAUUAGUGGACAGCAGCUGCCCAAACCCAAAGACUCAAUGUUAGGGGACAGGGGAGAGAUUAUUGAUCCUUUUGUGGAAGUGGAGAUCAUCGGCCUGCCAGUGGACUGCUGCAAGGAGCAGACCAGGGUGGUGGACGACAACGGGUUCAACCCGAUGUGGGAGGAGACUCUGGUGUUCACCGUCCACAUGCCGGAGCUGACCCUGGUGCGUUUCUUAGUGUGGGACCAUGACCCCAUCGGCCAGGACUUCAUUGGCCAGCGUACUAUCGCCUUCAACAGCAUGAUGCCAGGGUAUCGCCACGUGUACUUGGAAGGUAUGGAGGAGGCCUCGAUCUUUGUUCAUGUUGCUGUGAAUGACAUCACUGGUAAGGCCAGGGCAGCCAGCGGCAUAAAAGGGCUGUUUCACAGAAACCCAAAGCAGGCUUCCCUGGACAGCCAUGCUGCUGCACAGCACAGCCGUAAGCACCCAUUCGGCGCCCACCUUCUGCGCCGCACGGCCAGCGCACCCACCAAGGGUCAGCCCAGAGUCACAAAGGGCGUUCCAGAGAUUGCUAUCGACACCAAAGACUACAGCUCAGAGGGCGCUAGCGAGGAUCGAGAGUCCGAGGACAAGGACAAGCCCGGUGCUGCUGCCUCCCACCAGCCCACAACACCACAACAUCACAACGGGGAUACACUGGCUCCCCACCAAGCCAUGGGCCCCUGGGACUGUCCUGAUUCCAAUGGGGCAUUUCACUCUGAUAAAGGCAAAGACUGUUACACAGCACAGAAGCCAGCUCCCCCUCUUCCAUUGCUUGCACCAACUUCUGAAGAAAGCAGGAACAGACGCCUCAUUCGUUCCAUCUUCACUCCAGAAGACGGCCCAUCUUCAGAUCACUCCCCAACUCCAUCACUGCACUCACCAUCCACAGCAAUAAUCACAGCUCCCCUGUCAUCUUGUCCUUCAAAUGAGGUGAUAGGCACUCCUGUCAAAGUGAGGGGAGACCCUAAGAAACCCCAUUCUCUUCCCAGGACCACUUCAGUAUCUCUGACCCCCCUUUCGCCUCAGGAGCCAGACUCCAAAACCAUCUCAUCACAGCGCAGUCAAGACCCCUGGGACCGCAAAAGCAUUGGAUCACCCAUGGAGCGCACCCUGGAAACUCCAACAGAUAGGAAAAAUGAUGUUGCAGAGCCUAAAAGUGAUCAUAAAGUGGAGCCUCCUGCUGUUGUCCUUGGCACUGAACCUCCUGUAGUCCCGAUAGCUCAGACAGCUCAUGUUAGGAGAGCACUUUUUAGCAGUCACACACCAGUAAGGAGGACAAAAAGCGAAGGACAUGUUCGGGUGGCUUUAGCAUCAGUUGGCAAAGGCCAAUCAGCAGUGCCAGAGGUCUGCACAGACGCUACCACAAAUGACCGCCUGUGGAGCAAGCUGGAGCCAGGCAGCCACCGAGACAGUAUGUCCUCCUCCUCCAGCAUCUCUUCCAGUGACACUGUCAUCGAUCUAUCCCUGCCUAACUUGGUCAGGAAGAGCCUCACCAGCAGCACCUCUGACCCUCCUUGGGUCAACUGCCGUCGCUCUGCCUUAGUCUCCUGUGACACCGUGCAGGUCAGCAAAAGCAAGUCCAACCCCAAUCUACGGCAGGGUGAGUGUCCAAAAGAUGAGCUGCAGCCUCGUCCCCUUCAGACCCCCCAGGGAGACGCCGAUGACUCACCCAACAGAUUGACCCAGAGGAGACACACUUGGAGCCGCCUCUACAUGGAAGGGCUGAAGAAGUCAUCAGCUAACAGACCCUCCUCAGCAGCUAAAGAAUCCUCCGUUGUGGCCUCCAUGUCCAAAAGCCUGGGGGAUCUGACCUCUGAUGACAUUUCCUGUAACUUUGAGAGUAAGUACCGCAGCAUCAGCCGCAGCUUCAUCGUUAGGCCAACCAGAGACCUGCUGCACAAGGGAAGCCCACAGAAAUCUCGGCCACGCAGUGAUCUGACAGAGCAGCUGCGGCGGCUGACUGAUGUGGAGCCCUUGACUGCCAGUGACUUUGCUCCUGAAAACAGACCCAGAGAGUGCCAGGAGGAGGCUUUGGAAGAGCCCCUGAUGCGAAGGACCUCCUCCAGGAGCCAAAGCAGGGUGCGCUACGUGGCAAACAGGGCCAAGCAGGCCCAAGAAAGGCAGAGGCUACAGAGCAUGGUCCAGAGCAGGAAUGCAAGCAUUAGCCUUAGUGGUAGCAUUAGCAGUGGCAGUAGCCCCAUUGAGGAGCGGGGGAACCCUGAGGGGGCGUGUUGUGUUGCUCGGAGUCCCUGCACUAGCCUGGACCUGCUGAGUCAGCUCUCCUCUCUGGGGUCCCCCUCCCCUAGACAGUCCCAGUCCUCGCCGGACCCUGACAACAACGAAGUCUUUUUCAUGCUCAAGCUCUGAGAACUGACAGACUGACUUGGAACUGAGCAUGAGAGACACAGCUAGAAACUUGGUUUAAAUAUGAUCCAGCUUUUCUCAAAUGGGAUUUUUUUUUCUUUUUUUUUUUUUUUUUUAACGGAAGUUGAAUAUCUUCAAACUUGAAGAAUCUGGUUCACAACACAGAAUAUUUCUAGAUCUUCCAGAAAACUGUGUUCCACUGUGUUAGUUACAUAUAAUUCAGAAAUUCUAACCAAUACCAUAAUAAAGUAGUGGAGAGGAAUUCUUAUAAAAGCAUCUGUUACAUCUCUGUCAUCUGUUUGCACCAAAUGUUGUACAAAUGCCAGAAUGUAUUUAGUAAAAAAAGAAAAGAAAAAAGAUAAAAACUCCCCAAGGGGUUUUCAUAUGGCUGUUUAUCUUGAUUGUGAUCUUAUGUUUGAGUAUUUUUUGGAACUGGUAGCAAUAGAUCACAAGUAGAGGACCGAUUUUCAAAUUAUCUCAUUUUUUUAUUUACUUGAAGUGUAAUAAUUUUGUUUUAACUGCAUUGGGAAAAAAUGAUAUCUGGCUUUAAUACUUAAUUAUCAUCUGAAGCCCAGCCAAGCAUUAGCAAUAUUUUGAAAAUGAUAUCAUUUUGAUGUUACAGUUGGAUGCUACAGAGGCUUAUUUCAUGUCUAUGCUGCAAAAAAUAGGAGGGGGACAGGAGGGACUCCUACAAGCAGGACAAAAAGUCUUAAUUUUUAGUAUUCUUUGUGCUUACCUUCCGUGUCUGUGGCAUGUUACGCAAUCAGGAACUUCAGAGUAGUUUUAGAUUAGAUUAGACCUUGCCAACCUUUUUUUAAGUUGACUGCAUGUCUGUUAUGCUCUGUAAUAUUUAUCCAAAGGGAUUUGUUUUGCAAAGAUUUUUAUAUGAAGAUUUGUUAAUAUUUCAAACUUUUUUUUAGGUUGGCCUUUGGUCAGGGGUCACAAGAGCAUCAUGUCUGAACCCAAGUUCUCAUUAUCCAUGGCAAACGAGAUGGUAAUGAUAUGUAUCAAAGCACGUUUAUUUGUAACUCUGCUGUAUUGUUUGCACUGCCAUGCCAGUUCGUGCAGCAUUUAGGGACUUAUUUAAUUCAAACCAUGUAUAAUUAUGACCUCAAUAAAUCUCAAAUGAAUAUUAA